AGACACUUUCCAUCCUGACGACGACGACGACGACUACCACUACUACCACGACGACAACCACGACCACGACGACAACCUACAAUGUCGUCGAGAUUAAUAUUCCUGUUAGGAACCCUCUGUCUAUUCGCCGGAGCACAAGUAAGAGCACAAGAUGACGAAGGAGCCGAUGAACUCGAUGCAAAUGCCGAAGAACUUUGUCAUGAUAGACCGGGUGAUGAAUAUUUCCGGUUAAACAUUGGAGGAGACUGUCGCGAUGUCGUCAGGUGCGACAAAGCCAGUGAAAUCGGCGUCACCAGGUUGGCAACAGUACGAUGUCCGACCGGUCUCGCUUUCGACAUUGAACGACAAACCUGCGACUGGAAGACAAAUGUCAAGAACUGCGAACAGCUGGAGAAGCCACGUAAGGUCUUACCCAUCUUAAAAACCGAUGAACCAGUUUGCCCGGAUGGAAAGUUGUCAUGCGGAAAUAAAGAAUGUAUCGACAAGGAACUUUUCUGUAACGGCAAGCCUGAUUGUAAAGACGAAUCUGAUGAAAAUGCUUGUACCGUUGAAACAGAUCCUAACCGUGCACCAGACUGUGAUCCAACACAAUGCGUUUUACCAGACUGUUAUUGUUCAGCUGAUGGUACUCGUAUUCCUGGUAAUAUCGAGCCACAACAAGUUCCACAAAUGAUAACCAUUACGUUCAAUGGAGCAGUAAACGUUGAUAAUAUCGAUCUUUACGAAGAAGUUUUCAAUGGUCAACGACAGAAUCCUAAUGGUUGCCAAAUACGUGGUACCUUCUUUGUUUCUCACAAGUAUACAAAUUAUUCCGCGGUUCAAGAUCUUCAUCGACGUGGUCAUGAGAUCGCAGUUUUCUCUCUCACUCAUAAAGACGAUCCACAAUAUUGGACCCAAGGUACCUACGAUGAUUGGUUGGCCGAGAUGGCCGGAGCCAGACUUAUCAUCGAACGUUUCGCUAACAUUACUGAUGGGUCCAUCAUUGGUAUGAGGGCUCCGUACCUGAGAGUAGGUGGCAACACGCAAUUCGAUAUGAUGGCUGAUCAGUUUUUCGUUUACGAUGCCUCAAUCACAGCAUCCCUAGGACGUGUUCCGAUUUGGCCAUAUACUCUCUAUUUCCGUAUGCCUCACAAAUGUAACGGAAAUGGUGGAAACUGUCCGUCGAGGUCACAUCCGGUCUGGGAAAUGGUCAUGAACGAGCUCGAUCGUAGAGACGAUCCGACUUUCGAUGAAUCUCUACCUGGUUGUCAUAUGGUCGAUUCCUGUUCCAAUAUUCAAACUGGUGAACAAUUCGGCAGAUUACUCAGGCACAAUUUUAACAGACACUUUAACACCAACAGAGCACCACUCGGUUUACAUUUCCACGCCUCCUGGUUAAAGAGUAAGAAGGAAUACAAAGAAGAACUGAUCAAAUUUAUCGAGGAAAUGCUUGCUAGAAGCGACGUUUACUUUGUUACAAUGGUUCAGGUCAUCAAAUGGAUGCAAACACCGACCGAACUAUCAGCAUUGAGAGACUUCCAGGAUUGGAAGGAAACUUGUGACGAGAAAGGUCAACCCUACUGUUCAUUGCCAAACGCUUGUCCAUUAACAACUAGAGAACUUCCAGGCGAGACUCUGCGUCUUUUCACUUGCAUGGAAUGUCCUAACAAUUAUCCAUGGUUGCUCGAUCCGACUGGCGAUGGUUUUGCUGUAAAGAAAUGAAAAUAGGACUGAAAUUUGCUCGAUUUAACAUCGAGACGCGCGAUUUUCCAACGAUUGAACGCGAAAAUAAAUACAAGCAGGGAAAAUAUGUCGCCGGAUGAAUCCUCGUGCAUAUUUGAAAGCAAACUCCGGUUGACUCGAAAUUCCCCUAUAGCUAAGAAAGUUUAAAAAAACAUACACACUGAAAAGCUCUCGUUGCAUUAGUAUGGGACUAUACAAAGUUUUAACACAGAACAUCUAGUUGAAACCAUUCCGAUCUCAUCAAACUCGUGUGAUCAUCUCGCUUUUAGCCUGAUAACCGCCCUAGCUUCGUAUUUUCGUAUUUUUCUUCUUAUUUACGAAAUAUCAUGCGCACAGUGGUAUCAAUAAGUUGGCGAAGUGAAAAAUUAUUUGUUGAAAGUAAUGCGUAUUUAUAAUUGUACGUCAUCGUGAAUAAAGCGUAAAAUCCAUUUUCUGUUAUUUUAUAAACAAUGACUUAAUGUUUUUCUUUUGUUCAUUCUCUUGCCGAAAUUAACUGUAUGAGUGAAUGUAAUGCAUGUAAAAUACACACACACACACACAUACAUACAUAAAGUAUUAUAUAAGUAUUUAAUAAUUCUAUCGAUGAGUUAAGAAGCCUAAGAAAUUUAACCUUUUUAAUAUUCGUUAUUGCGCAAAAUAAAACUUACAAAAUAUAGUCAAUAAUAAAAUAUUUUAUUAUUAAGUGGCGUGUUGGGAACUCGAAAGCUCAUUGCCGCAUAUACCAAAUCCCGCCAGUGUUUUCGUUCCUAAGCGUGAUCCCUCCAUUCGCAAUUCUCAUAUACCAUUUCCUUAAUAUCAAGGAGAGUUUUAUGUUUCGUUUCCACAAUAUAUUUACGAUUACGAUGCCUAUGCUACGCUCGGGAAAGUCAAUUAUGGUAAUCAGUAGUUCUCCGUGUCUGACACGAAUAUAUCAGGUAAAUGGUUUAAAUGUUAGAUAAUUAAAAAAUACUUUACUUCAAGAAUGGAUGAACCAACAUUUGGAAGCCGAUAAGAUUAAAGAAAAUUAAAGGAAAUACUUUUUUAUGUCCAGGCUUGAGAUUGUGCAAGUAUUUUCUGACCGACAGUAUUCGUCCAGUGUCUCCAUCAGGUGGUAAUUCUUUUUUGCU